AUGAUUAUAAUGAAGAGCUGUAAGAAAGUGAGAUGAAGAUUUUUUACGUGGUUGGGGCGUUAAUGAGCCUUAGUCCACGAGCCUCUGUUAUUAAUGGAUGUAUUUAAUACAGAUUCUACACUUGAGAGAAUGUCUUUCUCUUAAAUACAGAGAAUGUUCUUGGUGAGUAUUUUCUCUUCUUGCUCUUUUGCAAAACCAAGAUUCUCGACCCCAUUAAAUGAGCUUUGAGGGGGUAUUUAUAGUGUUUUGGUGGGGUAAUCCCUAGAAUUGUUCUUACACAUGUAUCUGUAAGUAUCCAUAAAGUUGGGCAUUUCCAAUGAAUAUACCAUGGGUGAUGCAUGGUCAAAUCCCUAGGUGCUAUAGGGCUUUUAUGAAGAAUGUCCUUUUUGCCUUGUGAUUGACGUGACUCUUCGCAGAGUAGCCGUCGCUAGACUUAAAUGAUCAUUACUGUAGCGCUGCUGUUCGGGGGUUGUGCCGUCAGACUUUAUUGCGUGUUACAGUCUCAACACGCUUCCUCCCAUGCAGCAUUAAAUGCGACUUGAUUGCUCGGGAGAGACCUGACAUAUCCCGGAGAGCCUUCACGCUAUACUAGCUUCCUGGAGUACCUUGUACUCCGGGUGCCUCCUCCGGGACCCAUGCUAACAGCGCUUCCUUGUGGCGCACAAAGACUUAGUAAAUGUUUACAAGUUAUCUGAUCCACGUGUCCCCUCUCGACUGGUCCACGUAUUUUGGGCGAAUUCUGGAGCAACAUUUACCCCCCAAGCCUUGUUUACUUAGUAAAAAUAAACCAAGGCUUGUUCAAGUGUCUCCGGUCGACUCCUCGUUUCCCUAGCUCAAGCCUCGAGCGCGUGGGGGCAAAUUAAAUGAUGUCAUUUAAUGCAGCGAUUUGCUUUUUGCAGGAAUGUCUCCAGCCGCCUCCUCGGUCUUCUGAUACGAACUCGGGGCGCGUGGAGGUGCGUCUGAUAAUGGCAUUAAAUGCAGCGAUUCGCUUUUGCAGAGGUCGAUUCGUUUCACGCCCCAUGAUUGAUGCGGCGCAUUAAUGGUGUCAGACGGAUACUCAAACGUUUCCACCGCCUUAAUGGUAGAUUGAUCUGAUCCGUUGAUUUUUGGGAAUUCGAAUCGUGCGUCUCCCCCACCGUGCGAUUGGUAGGUGAUGACGCCUGUUCCUCAUGCGUUUUUGCCUAUAAAAGCCACCACCUUUCCUUCAUUUCGGUUACUUUCCAUUCCUUGCCAUUUCUGCUCGAAUUUCCCAGAGAGAAAAUUCCUCAAAGUAGCACGAACUGUCUCAAUACUUAGACACUUCUUUCAGUUUUUUAGUGUUUGACUUCGCCGGUUCUUCUCAACUUUCACUCAACCACAUCCAGUACCCCCAGUUCAACGAUCGACUGUAAGUUUCUUGCAUCCUUAGAUAAUAACAUGCUUAUAUUUACUUCGUUCGUUUUCUGGGUUCGUACUUAGAGGCUUCUGGGUGUGUGAGUGUUUAAGUUCUUCGAGUUCUGCUUUAUGUUUACUGCGUUAGUUGUAGAAUCGCCAUUAUCAUGCCCCUGUUGUAGUCAUACAGCUUUGUUUGAAGAGGGCCAUGCAUUCUUCGUUUAACAGUUGCUUAGGGCAUUUUCUUUUCCUUUUUGCAAAACCACUUUCUGCGAUUUCACUGCACCCGACACUUGUUCAGGGAUUCUCUCCAGAGUUUCUCAUGUGACACGUGUCCGGAGGGGGGCCUCUUUCCAGCGGUUAGGGGACCCCCGCUCCCUUUUUCUUGAUUUAGGGUUUGGUAUGGGACCUAACUGCUGGACUUUUCUUUUUCCCUUUUUGCUUUUCUCAGAACACAAAAUGUCUGCUUCUGGCUCAAAAUCUUCGAAGAAGAAAGGGAAAGGUAUGGCCACGCUGGAAGAGGUUUCCUUGGGACCCGUUGCCCAGGAGGGGUAUAAAUCCCGUGCAACUGGUUGGGAAGCGGCCGAGCUUCGAUCCACCCUGACUUGUCCUCACCAGCUGGAGAACAUUAUUAAUGUGGCUGAGAUCAAACCCUCCACCUCAGGGACCUUCCACCGGCCUCCUCGUGACUCGGAGACGCCUAAUCAUAACUAUGACGGCUUCGGGGCUUGGAGUCAGACCCAUUUGAUGACCGGUGCCAUGCUCCCGCUCCAAGAUUACUUUGUUAAUUUUCUUGUAUUUGUCGGCCUUGCGCCAUACCAACUUAUUCCCCAAGCUUACCGCCUGCUCUCAGGCUUAUUUAUUUUUUACACCGCCCGUGGCUGGGGGUCUCCCAGCCCGGUGGAAAUUUUAUAUUUUUAUGAACUUGUAUCCGUCCCCAAGAAAGGGGACAAACUUAAGGAUGGUUUUUAUGGGUUCCGGAUCCACCCUGCUAACGAGGGGGUGGUUCCGUAUAAUAGGCAGACUCACGUUAAGGAGUACCGCCACCGCUUUUGCUUUUCUUCCGGGUUCAGGGCCGUGGACCACCCGGAGCUUCUCACGGAGUGGGUGCGGAUCCCACCUUACCAGCGGACGCUUCCCACUCAGGCUUUCCUUCGAAGGGCCCAAGCCUUCGCCUCCUAUGACCACGCCGAUCUUGAUGUCGGGGGCCUGGUUACCACGGAGAAUUGCAGAAAGGCCAAACUUAUCCUUUCUCAUCAAUCCGUGGAUGACUCCAACCUCUCACGGGUCAUUUGCCCCAAUGUGAGGGCGCCGGUUGCGGAGAAGGCCUUCCGGGACGAGCUCAUUGCCACGGCAAAGAAGAAGUACCAAGAUUAUCUCUACCGGAAGGCCCAGGAGAAAGCGUACUCUAAGGCCCAGGCUGCCUCGGGGAGAGGACUUCGCGUGGGGAGUCCGGUGGAGCGAAGGAGCCAAGCCAUUGCUGGGAAGUCCGAAGCUAAAUUUUUUGACAAGAUACUUCAAGAAGAGAUUGGGGAUCGUUCUGCCAGGCGGCCCCUUCGUAUUGAAGAUUCUUCCGAGAAGCAAACUUCCCGGCCACAGCCUUCGGCCCCCGAACCAAACUCGGGUGCUCCCGGUGCUAGCACCUCCGGUGCCGGCGAUAUCUCCAUGGAUGCCAUCCUGGAACAGCUUGCCGGGGUUCAUACUCCCGUGGCUCCUCCGGCCUUCACCUCUUCUCCCCCAGCCCCUUCCUUGAAGGUUUCUUCCAGCGCUCCCCCCGACACUAUUGACUUAGUGGAUGACGAGGAGGUGCUUCCGGGAGAAGGCCAAGGGAAAGGGUGGGACUUCUCGGAGGAAGCCGUUGAGGGUGCAGGAGAGCCUCAAGCCCUUCCGGAGGUAGCAGAGGAGGACGAGGAGGAGCCUGAAGUGGCUCUGAUUCGCAAGCGUAAGGGCAAGAUGGUUGCCCAGGAUGAGCCGAAGAGGCCUCGGAGAGCCGACACUCCUGCCCAUGGCCUAGACGGCGGAGUCUCCCCGAUGGAGGAAAAUCCUGCUCCCCCCCACAUCGAGCUUACCCCGAUUCCGGGGGACCAGGUGAGGCAGGAGCUUCGCAUAGCCAAACACAACUAUGCUAUGGAUGAGUACUCCCGGGGGUAUGCCGAAGUGGAGGCCCUUAGGAGGAUUCUGCGAGCUGAGGUUGAGGCGAGCAUCAACCACCCGGAAUACCAGGAUCCGUGGAACCUUAAUCUGGACCCCUUAUCGGACUGGUUCCGUCCCCUCCUAGGGCCUACCUUGGCUCCCUUUGCCGCGGAGAUGACCGGCGAGUUCGCUUCUCAGCUCACACGUUGCGCGCCCAAGCGGUUUGCCACUUGCGCUUCCCUGAACUCCAUCUUCCAGGUCCAGGACCUCAGCCAUUCUCUCACGGUGGUAAGUACUUUGCAAUUUUUGCGUUUCCUUUUGUUGUUUGUAUUUUGUUUUCUUCCUUUGAGAAAUUUUUCCUUAUACUUCGUUAUGGUUCAGCUUGCUGCUGAGGCUGGCCGCCUCUCCAAGAACAUCAUAAACCAUGGCUUCACUCUGUCCGACUUUGGAGACAUGAAUAACGUCAGGAAGGUCCUCCAAGACCUCACAGCGGAGAGGCAGAUCUACCAGGAGGCUGCCGAGCGCUAGGAGGCAGCGGCCAAGGCCAAGGAAGAGGAGGCCAAACGGAGGGAGGCUCAGGCGGAGGCCAUGAUCCGGGACGAGGCUCAGCGGAGAGACAGGAUGGAGGCCCAGCACCAGGAGGAACUAAGGGCUCAAACCGAGGCUGCCGAGAAGGCCAGGCGAGAUCUCCUGGAGGCCAGGGAGGCUUUGGAUGAAAUGGUCGCCAAGGUGAGAUCUCUAGAGGAGACUCACCAGUCGGACAUUGAAUCCAAGGCCGCUCUAGCUGCGGAGUUGAAGGAGCUUAGGGAUUUCAAAGAACAAUCCACCAGGAAGGCCAAGAGGGCCGAGCUCCUUUCUCCUGUUUCCUGCGCCCGGUGCCCGAAGCGCUUUGAUGAUGGUGUCUAUAUGGCUUGGGCCACCAAUGAUCAGAGUAUCAAGCUUACUUUUUAUCCCAAACCCGAGGAGAUGAUUGCCAGAUUUCGGGAAAAGAAGAAGAAGCUUGAUGCUGCGCUUGAGGCACGGAUUGGACCUCGUCUUCCUCUGCGGGCUGACUGAGCUGCCGUAUUAUUGACCCAGAUUCUACCCAUUUCUUUUAUAACUUUUUUGUUUUUUGUACAUAUUUGCUGCUACCUUAGAACAAUUUACAUAUAGGCGGCAGCUUUUAUUUGAAGGGGAGACAAUUAUAUUUUAAGGCCUGUCCCCGGGCCAUUUAUAUGUAUAUGACCUGCCCUUUGGGCCAGGAUAUUUUUUUUUUUUUUAUGCGAUCCUUAUUUGUCACACUUAUAUAUUUUAACCUGUCCUUUGGCUCAGGGUUUUUAUACUUAUGCUUUUUAUUUUUGUGCAUACUUUUUGACCUGCCCUUUGGGUCAGGAUAUUUUACUUAGUUUGUUUUUUGUUUGUCCGUGCGGUAUACCCUAGUACCCCCCUGAGUGGCAUAGAAACUUUGUUUUUAAGGCACUCAGUUUUAUUUAAUAUAGAGGAGGUAUACAUUUGGACGGUACAAACCCUUUGAACAAAAUCUAAGUUUAAUUCGCUACUGGUAAUAUUUUCUGAGGUGAUCGGCGUUCCAGGCUCUUGGGACGGUGGUUCCGUCCAUUCUUUUUAGUUUGUAAGUGCCGGAACCGAUUUCGUCCUCGAUCUCAUAUGGUCCUUCCCAAUUUGGUCCAAGUACCCCCACUCCGGGUUCUUGGGUGGCUAGAAAAACCCUUCUUAGGACCAUAUCCCCAAUAGCGAAUUUUCUGUUUUUAACCUUGGAGUUAAAAUACUUGGUCACCUUCUUUUGAUAAGCAGCCAUCCGUAUUUGAGACUCAUCCCGGAGUUCUUCGACUUGAUCCAAA